UUACAUUUGUAUAAUUGUUAGUAUUAAUAGUAAUGUGAUUGCUUUCGAAUCUCACAAAGCAAAUUGUGGAAUAUUGAUUAAUUCAUUCUAAAUAAAAUAUUUAUAAUAUUUAUCAAACAUCAAAUAGUUUUGAAUAUAUUAUUUCUUCGGUGUCGGAGCAUUCGACAUACGGAAAAAAAUGCCGCCAAGUCCAGUAGAUCGAAAAUAUUUUCUUGCAAGAUCGAAUGCUGAUGUACUCAUUAAUCUGGUAAAUUAUUUAAGUGAUAACGAAAUUGAAGAAGAACAAUUACAGAAUAAAAAAGUUUUGAAGACUAUUAUACGUGAUGGUAUGAAAAGAUAUGUGAACAACGCACCAAUAUCGUCAAUAUAUUUGGACGCGUUUAAAAGUACGAUGAUAACUUUUAAAAUCGAUUAUUUGAAAACUGUAAAUUUAUAUCGCAUAAAUAACGGCAUACUGCUCGUGGGAUGCGUCGAACAUCUUUUGUUUCCCAAAUUAGAAUACGGGGAACUUAGAAAAAUUUAUCGUUGUAGCUACCCAAAGGCGAAAAAGAUAUACAAUAUACUGUGUGGUUUUCCCGAACAGGAAGAACAAAACGAUGACAUAGUUAUAGCAGCUAAAUCAUUUUUUGAAUGCAAAAUGUUCGAAAAUGUACGAAAAAGUGAAUUUUUAAAAACAAUUCGAAAUUACUUGAGAGGACUUGAGAUAGACUCAAACGAACUGCAAUUUAUACGAACAAAAUCUAUUCAAGUAAUUAACGAAAGAGCAGCUAAUAUCAUUUCUCAACUACGAGGACAUUUUACAGAUUCUAUCAAAGAUAGUCUACUCACGUCUACUCCAGAAUUAAACGUAUUGAAAUCAAUAAAACAUAAAUCUAUUUUACCUAACUCUAUAAAAAUAAUAAAAAAACCAAAGCCACUUCUUACAACUCGAGAAUAUCUCAAUGCUAAAUGUAGCGCAGUGGUCAUCAUUAAUUUGCAAGAAUAUUUAAUUUCUGAGGAAAUUGAAGAUGAAAAUUUAGACGAUAUAAAUCUUUUAAAGGAUAUCAUUUGUAAGGGGAUGAAAAGAUGUGUGAAGGCCCGUCCUAAACGAAUAGAAUACAACACAUUAAAACGCACACUUCUUGAUUUGACAACUGACUAUUUAAAGACAAUACAUUUAUAUCGAAUGAAUGUUGGGGUAUUGCUGGUUGUGUGUGUCGAGGUAUUAUUACACGGGAACGAAAAUAACGAAAACUGUCUCAUGGUAUACCGUUGUGAUAGAGGCAAAGCUAUUAAAGAAUAUAACAAACUAUGUAAUUUACCAGUAAAUCAGAAACAACCAGUGGAUAUAGCUAAAGCAGCUAAUUCUUUUUUUCGUUGUGAUAUGUUUUUAAAAGAAAAUGGAUUCUUGCAAAAGAUAAGAUGUUACUUGAAAGCCAUAUCUGAUUACAUUGACAAUGACGAGUUAUCUUAUAUAAGGGACAUUUCAAUUCAAUUUAUACAUGAUCAUGCAGCUAAAAACCGAGUUUAACUCCCAUUGUUCAGGUUAUAGAAAUAUUAUUGAUUAGAAAUAUUAUUGAUUAGAUCGAUGAUCAUUAACUUUUCCCAAGAACGAUUGGCAGAUUCAUCUGCCGACACCAGAUGGGCCAUUAGUAAAAGUCUGAUUUAUCAGACUUAUCGAAAACUCUUAGUACAAAUCUCUCCUGAUAUGACCAGAUAGAAUUAGCUAGAAUAUCCAAUUCGAAUUUAUGAUCAGUAAAAAUUGUAGUAUGUUGGAUUUAUUUUACUAUAAGAAGAAAAAGUCGGAAUCUUAUCCAAAAAAGAUAGUAAAAAUUCACUGAAGAAAAUAUGAAUAACACCAAUACCUUCAAUGGGAACCCUGAUUUAACGCAAAAAUACUUUAUAAUUCUAGUCACCUUAACUGUCCCCCAAAUAAACAAAGAAAAAUUUGUCAAUGGAAUAUAGCAAAUCUUUUAAAUAUUAAGGAAUA